AUGGGCAAAAAGGAGAGCCGGAAAAGCAAGAAUCGCUCUACGAAGCUUGCAAGGGUGCUAAGUGUCUCACCUAGAUAUUCCGACGACGAGAAAAUCUGGCCACCCAAUGAACCAAAACACAUAAGAGAGAUUUUCUACAAACUAUGCGAACGCUUUGGCCGAGAUCGAGACUUUAGCCGGGCCCCAAAAGACGAGAACGACCGUACGCCGCUACACCAUGCAGCACUAUCAUUGACAUCAGAUGACGAUUUUAUGUAUAGCUGGGGAUGGAGAUGGGAGUGGCUGCUCAAGGGAUUCGAAAAUGAUGAGCUGAAUGCGAAGGAUAAAGAUGGUCGUACCCCCAUUUCUUAUGCAGCUGAGAUCGGAAACAUGACGGGUGUGGAUAAAUUGUUGAAAAUUGGUGCUAUCCCUUGGGACUGUGACAAUAAUGGACGGUCGCCCUUAUCCUGGGCAGCUCAAAACGGCCGAACAGAAGUAAUUCAGCGACUAGCUCGGAGAGUUCGUUCCCUUGAUGACAAGGAUAGCAAAGGUUGGACACCUGCCCACUAUUUCCUACAGUGGCUCGGAACUUGUCCAGUUGAACCUUAUUCGACCCAGCCCAAGGACUAUAGCGUCGUUUCACUUAAUUGGGAUGGUACGCAUAGCGCUGUGGUGAAUUCCCCGGAGCGGCAAAGACCUCUACAGAAUGAGAGCGCAUGGAAAGAAAUGCUAUUCGGCUAUACGAGCGCAGCCGUAUUAAACGAGUGUGACGAUUUUGGUUACACCUUAUUAUCUCGUGCUGUCCAGCUCAAUAGGUAUGUAUACGUCAAAUUACUCCUGAAAGUCAAGGGUAUUAUUAUAGACUCGGCAGACACCGAUGGAAAAACGCCGCUUUGGAGAGCCAUAGAGGCUGGAAAUCGCGGUAUUGCUUAUCUGUUGUGGGGCGGCGACGAGGUUACUCUGAGGCUACUUGCUACGAAUGCUCACGAACCAUCUGACCAUUUGGAGUGGCUUAUCACGAACGGCUACUCGAUGGUCAGGGGCCACGGACAAAAUCAGGAGACAGCGAUUCGAAUAAUGUUUGAUAUCCCCAACCUUGCUGUUAUGGAGCAUCACCUCAAACAAGCUCUAGAUACCGAGGUAGCUGAAAAGCUCAAAGCGGCAGAGUCGCCGGCGAAAACCAUUGAGGCCCUACCAAAUGAUAUGCAGCUAUCCUGUUUAACGCAAACAGACAAGCGUGGCUAUACACCUCUCGCUUUGGCAAGAAAAAGACGGCUACUCCCUAUUGUACAGCUGUUUCUUCGAUACCGUGCCGAAGUCUAUCUUUUCAAAGAUAAAGCGGAUUGGUUCAGUCUCUUGCAAGACAGUCAAGAUAAGCGAGACUUCCGCUAUCCAGAAGAAGCGUACCCAAAUGUGUCAUUGGAGCUUGUACGGAAGAAGAGCAAUGUCCACCUGUUUGACUUCUACGACGCGAGGGACGUAACACCAAAAGGCCGUCUCGUCGAACGGUGCGAUACUCUACAACAUCUCUGGGUACAUAACAGCAAGCAGAACUGGAUAGCUUCUCUGAAAUAUGGCCUGUACCAUGAGAAUGAGUCUUACGCAUAUAGCUCCGUACAUCUUGACACCGACCUGUCCGAGGUAACUUGCGUAUUCUCUGCCGAAUUCCCUGACACGAAAGAAAACUUUUUCAAAAGACAUACGCCAUUCCAGUCUGAGUAUAUUACGAGCUACAAAUGCUGGUGCGUAUCGUGGACAAGACCACAAUACCCAGACGCAGAAGGCUACGAGCUACCAGCAUACUACAGCAGUACCCUUUCUUGUGGCCAGAUGCCCGAAGGUGACGACAAAUUCCUCCAACAAUAUAUCAUUGAGUUAUUCCAAGAAUGGUCUCGCAUAUGCGAUGAGAUCGAGACUCAUGUGAUUGGUCAUUGCCAUGGUGAUGAGAUCAACGCCACUGUUCUCAUUACUGAUCUAUCUGAUGAUUCACGUUACUUGGCAACCAUCCAGAAGGCUCUGCAGGAUCAGGUGAAGGAAAUACAGGAUGUGAUUGAUGAGCAUCGCAGGGUGGAUGAACGCCACCUUUCGUAUUUGGGGGAUUCAGAAGAGGAUCUUAAAUACUUCAAGGCAACUAUCAAUGACCGACUGGAUAAGCAGCACGAGCGUGUGCGGGAUCUCCGUCAGAUGGAAUUUGCUAGGCUUUCCGUUGAAGAAACGGUCUUCAUGAGACGCAUCAGUCUCAUCACUUUUAUCUUCUUACCAUUGAUGUUUGCAUCGAGCCUAUUCGGCAUGAACGUCAACACGCUGCAAAGCAACCCGGACUGGCGCUGGUAUAUUGUUUUCGGUGCCGCAUCGCUUCUUUUGACCUAUGCCUUGUGGAAGGUUUCCGAUCAAAACAUCCGAUUAUCCCAGAUAUGGUCUGAAAUGCGUGCGAGGAGGGCUAUGAAGAACAAGAAGAAGGAUUGCGAGGGCUAG